ACGCGAGCGAGGAAGGUCAAGCCGGGAGGAGACGCACAGAUCCCUCCCUCUCCUCUGCACAUCUCUCCUCCCCCCCUCCCCCACGACGCGGCAAAAACAGGGAGGAGAGAGGGCGAGAGAGGGAGCCCGAGCCCGAAUCCCUGCGAUCCCCCCCUCCCGGUCGGAGGAUCCGGCGAUCAGCCAUGAACGAGAAGGCCUCCGUCUCCAAGGAGCUCAACGCCAGGCACAAGAAGAUAUUGGAAGGCCUUCUGCGGUUGCCGGAGAACAGAGAAUGUGCAGACUGCAAGUCAAAGGGUCCUCGAUGGGCAAGUGUCAAUCUUGGGAUCUUCGUAUGCAUGCAGUGUUCUGGAAUUCAUAGAAGCCUUGGGGUACACAUAUCAAAGGUAAGGUCUGCUACUCUGGAUACAUGGUUGCCAGAGCAAGUUGCAUUUAUUCAAUCAAUGGGAAAUGAAAAGGCAAAUGGCUAUUGGGAAGCAGAGCUGCCCCCUAAUUAUGACAGGGUUGGGAUAGAGAACUUCAUCCGUGCAAAAUACGAGGACAAGAGGUGGAUACCGAGGAAUGGAACAUCAAAACUGCCCUCUAGUGCUCGAGAUGAGAAGAGCUCUGAAUCUCAGGCCAGUCAUGCUAACAGGGGUGGGCACGCUCAAAAACCUUCAUUUGAGCAACAUCGUGUUUCACCAGCUGCUACGAAAAGAACUGUUCCAGUGGCUUCUAGGAUGCACACGCAGGCAUCACCUCAGCCAAAAGCAGAACUACCAGUUCCCAAGGUUGCUUCGCCUCCUCAGCCAGCAAAAUCUCCUGCUAAAGUUGAUGUGACACCCCCAAAAGUUCAUCAGCCAUCGGUUGCACCCCCUCCUAAAGUUGACUAUGCCAUUGACCUCUUUAACAUGUUAUCGAUGGACGGAACAACUGAGAAAGAACCAGUGUCAUCUUCCAAUGAUGAUAAUGCUUGGGAUGGCUUCCAGUCUGCAGAACCAGCACCUAACUCCGAGAAAAAGGAUACUGCUAAGCCAGUAGAAAGUAAGGCCCAGUCUACAUCGGGAAUCGAAGACUUAUUUAAAGACUCGCCAGCUGUGGCAGCGUCUUCAGCUCCAGUUGCUUCCAAAUCAAACCCACAGACAGAUAUCAUGAGUCUGUUUGAGAAGUCGAAUAUGGUAUCACCAUUUGCUAUCCAUCAGCAGCAGCUUGCUUUUAUGACCCAGCAACAAGCUUUACUGAUGGCUGCUCUUAAAUCUGGAAAUGCACCCCAAAUGGUUCCUGGGAAUGCACCCCAAAUGGUUCCCGGGAAUGCUAGUGUGCUAAAUGCUAAUGGUUCUAAUGCCCCUAAUGGAAGCUUGCCUUCCCAUAGCUGGCCAAAUCUAGGUUAUCAGAACCCUGCAUCUAUUCCAGCAGCAGCACCACAAAAUGGUGUCGCCAAGGCUGGGAACAACAAUCAGGACUUCUUUUCUGGUAACUUCGGUUUUGGUUCGCCGGGCAAGCCAGCAAAUGGGGCCACAACCGCAGGUGCUAACAAGAGCGCAUCCACCCCUACCUCUUCUACCCUGCCCUCUCAAUCAGGCAAAGAGUACGAUUUUUCCUCAUUAACGCAAGGAAUGUUCUCGAAGCGAUGAGUGGCUUGCAAUACUUGGAAAUGGAUGAGGCCUCCAUUGGGCGCAGAUUUAGGGAGAAGUUGGGGGGAAGCUUGUACACUGUUUUACCGAGGCAGCUUUGCCAAUUGUGGAUACAUAGUUACAUCACCUUGUGGGCCAACAAGUGCGGAUAUGGCAGAAAACUGCUCAUGUUGUUUCCUACAGCUGAAUAGUCGCAUUGUUACAGUGAUGCCAAAGAACUUCAAACAGAGGAUUCCCCUUUUCUCUUGUUCAGGGUGUAGUUGCAAUACCAUAUGUCGAUUACUUUGUAUUGUACGCCAAUAAUUUUAUUCCGUUGUGUUCCAUAUAUGUGAUUGUAUUGUUGUGACUUGCCCUUUAAAUGCACUGAACGCUUGUUUA